AUGGAAGACAAAGUUGUUGUAAAAUCGAGAUUCGGUAGGGUUUGCGUCUUCUGUGGGAGUAGUUCUGGGAAGAGGGAAUGUUACAGAGAAGCGGCACUCGAACUAGGGCAGGAGCUGGUGGCGAAAAGGUUGGAUCUUGUGUACGGUGGAGGAAGCAUUGGCCUCAUGGGUUUGGUGGCUAAAGCCGUUCAUGCUGGUGGCGGACAUGUUCUUGGGGUCAUACCAAGAACUUUGGUUGGCAAAGAGAAAACUGGUGUGACUGUUGGUGAGUUGAGAGUGGUGGCCGAUAUGCAUCAGAGAAAGGCUGAGAUGGCCCGCCAUUCUGAUUGCUUCAUCGCUUUGCCAGGAGGGUAUGGCACUUUAGAGGAGCUGUUGGAGGUUAUAGCAUGGGCUCAACUUGGAAUACAUGACAAGCCUGUGGGGUUACUGAAUGUUGAUGGCUACUACAACUUCCUCCUCACUUUCAUAGACAAAGCAGUAGACGAUGGUUUCAUAAAGCCAUCUCAGCGUCACAUCUUUGUAUCUGCCCCAAACGCAAAGGACCUUGUCCAAAAACUGGAGGAAUACGUGCCUGUUCAAGAUGAAGAUGUGGCCAAGUUGAACUGGGAUGUUGUAGAAACUGAACAGCCAACUUGUCCGGCCACACCACCGCCACCACCUCCACCGGUGCCGGCAAAACAACUGGGAUUCAGUGGCCUGCAGCAGGCUGAAAUUGCUUCAGUCAUUUGAAUAUAAUAUUAAUAAUGGUGAAUGGUGUCAAAGUAGUAGUAGUUAAUGUUCAUCAUAGUGUAUUUGAUGAAUAUAUAUAUAUAAGUGACAUGUUGCUCUUAAAUAUAAAUGUUGAUAUGUGAGAGAGCAAAGUAGAAGAAACAAAAGGAAUGGAACAAAAUAUUUUGGCAGUAGUAGAGGAGCAUGCAGCUUUAUUCUAUUGUGUGUGUCUGUAUAUAUAUUGAAGGCUCAGGCUUAUUGCAUGCCUGCAUUUUGUGCCUGACUUGCAGCUGUGGUUUUGUUCACAAUGCAUAUAAUAUUUCCUUUUU